AGAAUUGGGUAAGCCCAGCUCACCUAACCUUGCUGUUGCGGCUGAAGAGGAGAGAACAGAAAUAAAUGAUGAGCUGAAACAGUUAAUGUAAACGACUGUUUCACACAUUAUAUCAAACAAUUGGGCUGCCAAAACACAUCGGGCAGACCAAUCAACGAGUGUCCUUUAGCGCAAUUAAUCUGCCCCUACUUCCCUUCAUUGCCUAAAUUCUUUGCUUAAUCAAGCCAAUUCUGCCCGUUUUCCCUCUUCCAAAGCGCUCGAAUCUCCAGGAAUUUAGCUUCUUGUUGUCAAUAGGGAACGCGGGCAGGUUAGUUAGUUGCUGCAAUACAAUAUAUACAUACAUAUAUAUAUAUAUAUAUAUAUGUUUGUGUGUGUUAUAUAGACUCUUUUUUUGUUGAUUCUUGAAUAAGAUCACCAGAAUUUUCGUGUACCCAUCAAAGAAUUCUUUGAUUUUUUGAUGGGCUUGUUUUCUGAGUCACAAAAGGGUGGUAGUGAAGGAACUUCUCCGUGGGGUUAUAGAAGUCUGACAAGGAGGAAGCAGGUUGAUUCAAUCCAUUCCAAGGCAUCCGAUGGCGGUCAUCACUUGGCCAAGGAAUUAUCUAUUGCUCACCUCAUUGCAAUCGGAGUCGGCUCAACAAUUGGUGCUGGAGUUUAUAUUCUUGUUGGCACGGUUGCCAGAGAGCAUGCCGGCCCGGCCCUUACCAUUUCAUUCCUUAUAGCUGGAAUUGCAGCUGCUCUUUCUGCCUUCUGCUAUGCGGAGCUCGCAAGUCGUUGCCCAUCAGCUGGGAGUGCCUACCAUUAUUCAUACAUAUGUAUCGGAGAAGGUGUUGCUUGGCUAGUUGGUUGGGCUCUGAUAUUGGAAUAUACAAUUGGUGGUGCUGCAGUUGCUCGUGGCAUAUCUCCCAAUCUGGCCUUGCUUUUUGGAGGUUCAGAUAGUUUGCCAGCUUUCCUAGCUCGUCUGUAUAUUCCUGGGCUUGGCAUUGUGGUAGACCCAUGUGCAGCAAUUUUGGUUUUUGUUGUCACUGGGCUCUUGUGUGUGGGAAUCAAGGAGAGUACUCUGGUACAAGCCAUUGUCACAACAGCAAAUGUGUGUGCCAUGAUUUUUAUCAUUAUAGCUGGUGGAUAUCUGGGUUUUAAGAGUGGAUGGGCUGGCUAUGAACUUCCUGCUGGGUAUUUUCCCUUUGGGGUAGAUGGGAUGCUUACUGGUUCUGCAACAGUAUUCUUUGCAUACAUUGGUUUUGAUUCAGUUGCCAGUACUGCUGAGGAGGUGAAAAAUCCUCAACGAGAUCUGCCAUUGGGUAUAGGGGCUGCACUGUCUAUAUGUUGCAUGUUAUAUAUGUUGGUUUCUGUUGUCAUUGUUGGUUUGGUACCCUAUUAUGCAAUGGAUCCCGACACCCCCAUCUCCUCUGCAUUUGCAAGCCAUGGGAUGCAGUGGGCAGCAUACAUAAUAACCAUUGGAGCGUGUACUGCUCUCUGCUCAACACUAAUGGGUUCACUGCUGCCUCAGCCACGGAUUCUGAUGGCAAUGGCAAGAGAUGGAUUGCUGCCAGCAUUCUUUUCAGAUGUUAAUCAACGCUCCCAAGUUCCUGUCAAGAGCACAGUAGUGGCCGGUAUCAUUGCUGCAACUUUAGCUUUCUCCAUGGAUGUUGCACAAUUGGCAGGAAUGGUCAGUGUGGGUACUCUUCUUGCGUUCACUAUGGUGGCAAUUUCUGUACUGAUACUUAGAUAUGUCCCACCGGAUGAGGUGCCACUUCCACCGUCACUUCAGGAGUCAAUAGAUUCAGUAACGCUGCAAUAUAGUAGCACUAAGGAUAUUGAUGGGGAAAAUCCUAAUAAUGAUCAUGUUGGAACCUCUGAAGAAGAUACUCGGUAUUUUUUGCUUGGCAAGGGGGAGGCAACUGUUGCAUGGCCUCUUUUAUUGAAACAAGCAGCUCAAGGCAGUUAUGUACUAGACGAGUACAAAAGGCGGAAAGUUGCUGGCUGGACUAUAAUGUUUACAUGUGUUGGAGUUCUGCUUCUUGUGUCUGCAGCUUCAAUUGUCGGUCUACCUAGCUUUCUCCGAUUUAUGUUGUGUGGAAUUGGUGGCUCUCUUCUUUUAUCUGGUCUGGUAGUACUGAGCUGUAUAGAUCAAGAUGACGCAAGGCACAGCUUUGGGCACACAGGAGGUUUCAUUUGCCCGUUUGUUCCCCUCCUACCUAUUGCCUGCAUACUUAUCAACACCUAUUUACUGAUUAAUCUUGGAGUUGACACUUGGAUCCGUGUAUCAAUGUGGCUGGUGCUGGGAGUGCUUGUUUAUGCUUUCUAUGGCCGGACUCACAGCUCGCUGAUGGAUGCAGUUUACGUGCCUGCAACCCAUGUUGAUGAAAUCUAUCGGAGCUCUGCAAACUCUCUGGCUUAGUUGUAUAGGGAAUGAAAUCUUCCAGCCAGAGAGUUUGCAGAACUGAUGGCUAAAAUCAGUCUGUUGUUUGUAAUAUAUGUGUUAUAUCUAUCAUCAGUGGCAUAGGAGUUAUAUUACAGAAGUUGUAAAUAAUUUUCAAUUGAAAUACAUUGUUUGAAAUGUUUUCAUGAACUAUUACAGAAAUUGUAAAUAAUUUGCAAUUUAAAAACAUGGUUUGAAAUGUUUUCAUUCUGACCUCA